AUGUCCGAAUCAGAAAAUAGUAAGCCAUGUGAACCGACUAGCGCUCGGCGUCGAAGAGUUGCCAGGCUCAUCGAUGUUAAAUUGGAGACUGGUGAAGAUCCCUAUGCGAAUAAAAUGAAGAUUAGAAAGAAGAAACAAGAAGAAAGCGUUAAUUUGAGUACUUGGAACGUCAGAGGACUAAAUAAAAAGGGUAAACUAGAAAAUGUCAUAGAAGAAAUGGUAAGAUUAAAGAUAGAUAUAAUGGGGAUUAGUGAAACGAAACUAGCUGAUAGCGGAAGAAUUGACAAAGACGACGCCACGCUGUUUUAUACGGGAAACCCAUCCGAUCAAAAAUCUAACUACCACGGAGUUGGUAUCAUGGUGAGCAAGGAACUUCGGAAGUAUGUUUCGAAUGUGACUCACUUCUCUAAUAGAUGCAUGAUGCUAAAUAUCAGUGCUCAUCCCUUCAACCUAAACAUAAUCCAAGUCUAUGCUCCAACAUGUGAUGGUGAUGACCAGGAAGUGGAAGAGUUUUAUGAAGGAAUAGAGCAGUUAUUAAAGUCAGUAAAAUCACAGGAUAUCAACAUAAUAAUGGGGGACUUAAAUGCAAAGGUGGGACAAGGAGAAGAAGGAAAAAUUGUGGGGAAAUUUGGUUUAGGAAAAAGGAAUGAUAGAGGAAACAGGCUCGUAGAAUUUUGUUCCGAAAACAACUUGGUCAUUACAAAUACUUGGUUCCAACAUCCUGCAAGGCGACUUUACACAUGGCGCUCACCAGCUGACCAACCAUCACAUGUUGUAAGAAACCAGAUCGACUACAUUAUGAUAAAGGACAGAUUUAGAAACUCCAUCAUUCAGGUCAAAACAUAUCCCGGGGCUGAUAUAAAAUCUGACCAUAACCCUGUUUGUGCCAAGAUGUUUUUAAAAUUAAAGAAAUUGAAACUGCCAUCCAGCAUAAUGAAAGUUGACAUAAACCGCCUUAAAGAUGAGACAGUUAAAACUUCAGUGAGUGUUAAACUUAACAACUGUAUAAAACCUAUAUGCGAGAAGGGGAACAAUCCCUUGAUUACAUAUAAAGAUCUUGUUACGGAAAUAAGAAAUAUAACAUCGGAAGAACUAACUAGUAAAGACACGGGAAAGUGA